AUGACACCACGAAGCUCCAUCUUAGUUCCUGUCUGCAUAGCACUCUUCUUCCUCCAGUGUUCACAAGUAGUAACAGAUGCCCCCGUGGGCUCAGGGCUGUGGCUGUGCCAGCCUGCUCCCCGGUGUGGGGAUCAGAUCUACAACCCCCUGGAGCAGUGCUGUGACUAUGACACCGUCCUGCCUCUGAACCGGACUCGUCUCUGUGGCCCCAACUGCACCUUCUGGCCCUGCAUGGAGCUCUGCUGUCCUGACUCCUUCGGCUCCCAGAAGUUUGUCGUGAAGUUGAAGGUACUGGGUGACAAGUCCCAAUGCUUCUCGUCCCCUAUCUCCACGAACUGCCCCAGGAAGAGAGAAACCUGACCUUGCAUGAACUUUAUCUUGCACGUGGAUACCAGUUACCAGCAGAAGGAAGCUGCUUUCCUCAUCCCUCCAGGCAACAGCUCCUCCAGAGAGAAACCACCACACUUGGAAUUCCAGAUGCCUGUAGUCUGACCACUGCUUGUUUGUACGGGAUUGCAGUUCUCUUUUAUUCUCCCAAUACAUCCAUCUUCUGCUGAUAAAAUAACUGGCCAUGUCUAUUUU